AUGGAAGAAUUUUUCAACCAGUCAAGGAAAGAUUUUUUGGAGUUGUAUGUGUACAUUGCCGGAGCAGAGGAUGUUGUUUUAUCGGUGAGGUCAGUUGCUUUAAAUUCUUCAUGUCAUGCAUCAACAUCUGCUGCUUAUGCUUCUCCAGAAUUUGCAACCAAAAAAGAGGUUCGAAUGGCACUGAAGAUCAACCUCAUGAGGGAGCAUCAAGAUGCAAUUGUAAUUGAGAUCACGCCUACAAAAUUAAGCAUGAAAUAUUGCGCUCAUGAUAAGGGUUGCUUGUGGCAGGGUCACAGACAGCUUGAUACUGAUGUCAUUGCGGAGCUUGUCCUAGACAGUGUUGCGAGGCUUCAAUUUUUCAAACCAGUGAUACAAAUCGAUGGCACUCAUUUAUAUGGCAAGUAUAAAGGAAAAUUGUUGGUUGCCAUGGCUCAAGAUGGAAAUGACGAAUGUUUACCACUUGCAUUUGCCAAUGUUGAAGGUGAGACCUUGGAAGCCUGGGACUAUUUUCUUGUUAAUAUUCGUGCUUAUGUUACGCAAAUGUCAAAUAUAUGCCUCAUUUCAGAAUGGCAUCGUAGCAUAAUAUCUGCUGUGGAGAAUAACCUUAAUUGCCAGCCACCAAAUGCAUAUCACGUGUUUUGCCUUCGUCAUAUUGCUAGCAAUUUUAAUCAAAAGUUCAUGAAUGAGAGGUUGAAGAGGAAAUUAAAGAAUUUAGGUUAUACCCCGUCAGUGGAGGAUUUUGAAAGAGGUUUUGCACGAUUCCCUCAGGUUGCAGAGUGGAUUGAUGCCAUCUCUAAGAAAAAAUGGACGCGUGCAUAUGAUGUUGAAGGAUGCAGAUAUGGGCAUAUGACAACUAACUUGGCAGAAUCUGUAAACAAGGUGUUAAAAGGGAAAAGAAAUAUGCCAAUAACUGCUCUGGUUAAGCACAUAUACAACAAAUUAAUACAUUAUUUUGUUAAUAAGGGUCAAGCAGUUGCUUCACAACUUCAAUCUACACAUCGUCAUUGCCAAAAUAUAGUUCGACUGCUGAAGCACAAUGAACAUCUAGCUAGAGGCCACCAUGUGCGCGCAUAUAACGUUGACCAAACAGUCUUUGAGGUUGACGAGGGAUGGGAUAAGUCGUAUUCUGUUGAUCUGCCAGAGAGUCACAUUGCUGCUGCUACUUUAAGUGUUCGUCAGAAUCCUUUCCAAUACGUGGAUGACAUAUUCUUGACAACUAACUUGGUUCAGGCAUAUUCAUUUCCGUGGAAGCCAAUUGGUAAUGAGGAAGCUAUUCCACCAAGUGCAGGUCCGAUGCUUAUACCUGAAACUUCUAUGCUACGUGCAAAAGGUCGUCCAAGGUCCACCAGAAUCCGUGAUGAGAUGGAUGAAGUCGAGACAAGUCAAAAUCGUAUUAGGUGUGGUAUUUGCAAGCAACAUGGCCAUAAUCGCAGGGGUGUCCUAAUCGCGAAGCGAACGAUUGAAUGA